AUGUGUGGCGAUUUCUUUUGUCUCGGUCGUGGCCUCCGUCAAGGUUGUUCGUUAUUGCCUUUGCUUUUCAACUUAGUUGCCGAGUGCUUUUCUACUUUAUUUCAUUAUGCUGCGGUCGUUGGCUUCCUCACACCGCAUUCACUUCUCUACUUACAGGCCUUCUCCACCCUUCAGUAUGUUGACGACUUUCUCCUGUUUGGCACUGCUUCCCACCAACAAAUUGUGAGAACUUGGUUCAUCCUUCGGGUUUUUGAGCUCAUCUCGGGUCUUUUUAAUUAUUCCUCUAAAUGUCACCUUUCCCUCAUUCACGAGGAUCCUACCACGGUAUUUCUUACGGAAGCUUGCUUUGGGUGUAAGGCUGCUGGCCUACCUAUGGACUACUUGAGUCUUCAGAUUACGUUGUUGCCUCCUGCACCCUCCUUUUGGAAUGGAGUGGAGCAGAAGCUUGCUGAUCGCCUUCAGUAUUGGCAGGAAAAGCUGUUUUCUCUCCCAGGUCGUAUUACUCUUGCUAAGCACUGUCUUGCGUUUGUCCUCCUCCAUGCUCUGGUGAUCUUUCGACCUCCUGAGGCUGUUCUGAAAAGGUUUGACAAGAUCAUUCGUAAAUUUACAUGGAAUGGUGUUCGGCUUUCGGAUCGCCUUGCGCGUUGGGAUAUGAUUGCCCUUCUGCAUCUUCUUGGGGGUGCUGAGGUUACCAACCUUAGUCGGGUUUUUGAAUCUUCUCUGUGUUUUUGA